CACGGCGGCCGAGGACCGUUCACAACAAAGGCGAGAGGCAGAUUUUUAUUUAGAGUCAACAGUUUCAUCAGAUAAGCGCUAAAUUAUUCAGGGCCAGAAAGAGGAAAAACGACCGCCAUCGUCGUGCUAAUUGGGAAGCGCACAAUGUCGGCUAUCUGUGGACCCACCGGCUGAAGAGGUCUGAUCGUUCUGGAGAGCUGGGAAGCGAGAGAUGGGGAACACAGCCACCAAGUUCCGCAAAGCACUGAUCAGUGGAGAUGAGGUUCUGGGCUAUCAGCUCUACGAGGGCAACCCUCAGUUCAAAGAAUCUCUGGACCCCAACACCUCAUAUGGGGAACCGUACCAACACAACACCCCGCUCCAUUAUGCUGCCAGACAUGCCAUGACGCGCAUACUCAGGUCCUUUCUCUUCAGCAAGGACGGGAACCCCAACAAACGUAACAUGCACAAUGAGACCACACUGCAUGUGUUAUGCAUGGGGCCAAAUAUCUUGCUAUCCGAAGGGGCGCUGCAGCCGCGACUAGCCCGUCCCUAUGAAGAUGAACGCAGACGGGCUGAGUGCCUCCAGAUGAUCCUAAAGUGGACCGGCGCCAAACUGGACCGGGGUGAAUAUGAGAGUGCUGACGUCAGUGCCACCGAUAACAAGAAGAACACACCACUACACUACGCUGCUGCCUCAGGGAUGAAGACGUGUGUGGAGUUUCUGGUGAAGCGUGGUGCAGACCUGUUUGCAGAGAAUGAAAACAAGGAGACCCCAUGUGACUGUGCAGAAAGGCAGCACCAUAAGGAGCUUGCACUCAGUCUGGAGUCUCAGAUGGUCUUCUCUACUGACCCCCAUGCAGAGGAUAUUGAGGCAGAGUAUGCAGCCUUAGACCGCAGGGAGUUUUAUGAAGGUUUGCGAGUGCAGGACCUCAGGAGACUGAAGGACAUGUUGAUAGUUGAGACGGCAGAUAUGUUGCAAGCUCCUCUCUUCACCGCAGAGGCUCUUCUUCGGGCACAUGACUGGGACAGAGAGAAACUCCUGGAAGCUUGGAUGUCUAAUGCUGAAAACUGCUGUCAGCGCUCAGGCGUUCAGAUGCCAACUCCCCCGCCCAGAGGCUACAACACCUGGGACACCCUGCCCUCGCCCCGUACGCCUCGCACCACUCGCUCAUCCAUCACCUCCCCGGACGAGAUCAGCCUGACCCCUGCUGAUGAUGAUUGCUCCUUGUGCGGCAUUUGUAUGUGUGCAACCUCCAUGUUUGAGGAGCCUGUUGAUAUUCCAUGUGGUCAUGAGUUCUGCAGAGGAUGCUGGGAAAGUUUCUUGAAUAUGAAGAUUCAGGAGGGGGAGGCCCACAAUAUCUUCUGCCCAGCUUAUGACUGCUUCCAGCUGGUUCCUGUUGAGGUCAUUGAGAGCAUUGUGUCCAGAGAGAUGGACAAACGUUAUCUGCAGUUUGACAUCAAGGCAUUUGUGGAGAAUAAUCCUGCCAUCCGGUGGUGCCCGCGGGCUGGCUGUGAUAGAGCAGUGCGAUUGGCCGGACAGGGGCCAGGUGCCAGCACCUCUGACUCUCUCAGUUUCCCUUGCCUCCAGGCACCUGCGGUGGACUGUGGCAAGGGCCAUCUUUUCUGCUGGGAGUGCCAAGGAGAGGCCCAUGAACCAUGUGACUGCCAAACUUGGAAGAUGUGGCUCCAGAAAGUCACUGAUAUGAAACCAGAAGAAUUGGCAGGUGUAAGUGAAGCAUAUGAAGAUGCUGCCAACUGCCUGUGGUUACUCAGCAACGCCAAACCCUGUGCCAACUGCAAAUCUCCCAUUCAGAAGAAUGAGGGCUGUAACCACAUGCAAUGUGCCAAGUGCAAGUAUGAUUUCUGCUGGAUCUGUCUGGAAGAGUGGAAAAAGCACAGUUCCUCUACAGGAGGUUACUACCGCUGCACACGCUAUGAGGUCAUUCAGCAAGUGGAGGAGCAGUCUAAAGAGAUGACCGUUGAGGCUGAGAAGAAACACAAGAACUUCCAGGAAUUGGAUCGCUUCAUGCACUAUUACACACGGUUUAAGAAUCAUGAGCACAGCUACCAGCUGGAAGACCGUCUGCUUAAAACGGCCAAAGACAAGAUGGAACAGCUUAGCAAAGUUCUGAGUGGAAGAGAAGGCGGACCUCCAGAUACUACUUUCAUUGAAGAUGCAGUGCAUGAACUACUUAAGACUCGUCGUAUUCUCAAGUGCUCUUACCCUUAUGGGUUCUUUUUGGAGCCCAAAAGCACAAAAAAGGAAAUAUAUGAACUUAUGCAGACUGACUUGGAAAUGGUGACGGAAGAUCUUGCACAGAAAGUCAACCGGCCUUACCUCCGCACGCCUCGUCAUAAGAUAAUCCGCGCUGCCUGCCUGGUGCAGCAAAAGAGGCAGGAGUUUUUGGCCUCCGUGGCAAGAGGUGUGGCACCAAAUGAUUCGCCCGAAGCCCCUCGACGCAGUUUUGCUGGUGGAACAUGGGACUGGGAGUACUUGGGUUUCGCUUCUCCUGAGGCGUAUGCUGAGUUCCAGUACAGACGCAGACACAGGCAGCGCAGGAGAGGAGACAUGGCCAGCCUCCGCAGCAACACCCCCGACCCUGAUGACCCAGGCCACAGCACUUUAGACGCACAAGAAAUUGGUGGUGGUCAGAGACUGGGUUUGCUCAUGCCUCACGGUUCUCUAGAUGAGGAUGAUCCCAAUAUCCUGUUGGCCAUCCAGCUUUCUCUGCAGGAGUCUGGGCUGACUGCAGGCGGUGCUGGCGUUGAUGCUCAAGAGAUCCUCGCAAACGAAGCAUCUCUGGGGGCCAUUGGAACAUCCCUGCCCACACGUCUGGACCCGGUGCUGUGCGGGAUAGACGUGCCCCGUGCUGCCCUGAGCAGCUCCGAGCUGUUAGAGGUGGGUGACAGCCUAAAGAAGCUCGGUAAUAUCAGUGGCCAGAAUGUCCCUCCGCGUUAUGACAAUCUCAACAAUCCUUCCUGUGAGUCCGCUGAGGGCCCCUUCCAAGCACCUUCGGGACAUACGGAAACCUCUGAUUUCAGUUCAGACAACGCCAACCUUCUAGGCAACAUCAUGGCUUGGUUUCAUGACAUGAAUCCGCAGAAUAUCAGUUUGGUUCCUUCGGCUGGUGAUUUCGGCAUUCAGUCGGCAAGAAUGACAACAGAGCCGACCGAGUGUGCCGUUCCACAGUGGACACCGGGGGGCGAUAGAGAGGCAGAGCAUGAGUUCGACUCCGCUAUUGAGCAUGAGCCCAUCAGGCCGACACAGUUAGACCUGGUAGGUCUCGAUAUGUGUCCGGUGCCUCCUGCUUCGUCCAUCGAGUUGGGCGAAACGCCGAGUGGUUUGAACCCGUGUCACUCCGAUGCCCCAAAAUGUGACUCAGACCCCAACCAGCCUAGCAGUAGCUCCUCUGAAUGGGAGGGUCAAGAACAUCAUGUAUGAAAUACUGACAUUACUUACUAGCUAAGGCACUUUUUUGAUGAAGUAGCUGAACCCGAGGAACAAGAUUAAUCAUGACAAGAAGCUUUGUAUUGUCAGAUAUGUAGUUUGAGUACUCGCUCAGGCCUUUGUGCUUAUGAGGCAUGUGUUGUUUGCUCACUAAAAAACUCGUUCCGAUCCUGGAGUGUUAAACACUUUUAAAAGAGUCAGCAAAUGAACCAGAAAGCGCUAUGAAGGCGCGAAUCUACUGUAUAGUACAGGAUGGUAUUCAGUGUGAGUUCGCCUGAUUAAAAAGGUUGUAAAAGAUACUGUAGGUGCCAAAAAACACUGGCUAGCACAUGCCGAGUGGACAGUGUGCUGAUCGUGCCUGCUGCUGAGGGCCUAGCCGCCCUAUCGAGUACGCUAUCCUUCCUUUAAACUAGACCUGUAGUAUUAGAGAAGUGCACAACAGCAUCACGCUCAGAAGAGCUGGGCUGAUAAUCACAGAAACUAAAAGAAGAGUAAUUCUAGUUGCAGUCGACUUUUCUUUUUCUGGUCAAACGUAAUCACUGUAAUCCAUCACCGGCUAAUUAGAAUGGAAAGUACCGGCGAGUUUAAACUCAGUUCAGAAGCGCCGCGCCGGAUCUAGAAAACGCUUUGUCUUUGCAACUUCUCACAGUGCCUUUUCUGUGAAACUUCUCUUUAUUUAUAGCCGCUCUCUUGCACUCGAAGCCCAGAGUGGGGGAAGUUCCAAUACAUAUCAUACUUGUAUUUUCAGGUGGUGGUUAGGCAAACUGAGCUCAAUGUUUUUUAAAAGACAUUUUUAUACAUGUUGGGUUGUCCUUUAGCAUGCUUCUGGCCCCUUCUCCCGGGUUGUUUUUAAAGCAGUUAUUUAAAUGAACUUGGACACAUUUACGGAUUAAAUUGAUCUAUAUUUAAUGAGAUACUAUUCAUUGUGUGUUAAGAUGUGAUUUCCACAUGGCCACAUGUAAAAAUUAAAUGCUCAAAUGUAAAAAUCCGUAGAUGUUUUCCUGGUGCAUCUCUAAUAGAAAAUUAUGAUUUUUUUUUUGAAUUUUGAAUUUUGAAACCACAUUUUCCCCUCAGAGUAUCUAAGAUCUCUAGAUCUUUCGGUAGAGGAAAAGGCAUUUCAUUGUGAUGGCCAGAAGCUGUUUUAGCUUCAGAUUUACAUUUCUACAUAUGGUGGAACUCACCCACAAUUAAGUUUUUUUUUUUUACAAUUAAUUUAACUGUGGUAUUUCUCUACAGUAAAUUAUGUAAAUUUAUUUUCUAUUUAUUUAAAAUUGAAUGUCCUUAAAAUGAAUGAAGAUCAAGGUAAAGUUGGUGAUGACAAAAAAAAUUAAUGAACGGCAAUAUAUAUUUUUAUGUCUAUAUCAAUCUGUAAUAACACAGUACCAGUUUUUUUGCUUAAAACGUGUCUGCUGAAAUAAUUGUUCAAAGCCUUUUAACCGAAUGAACAAUGUUUUUGAUUUGCUUCAAUUUAAUUGUGAACACCUGCCCAACUUUUCAUCUGAUGAAACCGCUAAAUCACAGCAGCACUAAGUUUUAAGCAUUUCAGAAAAUUUGCACAAAAUUAGCUCACAUUUCAGCUAUGGAAUAACACGUUUUAGCUCAAAGGUUUGCUGUUAUAUUGGCGAUUUUGAGUGAGCAGGCGCCUGAUGUUUUACUGUGGGCUUGAUGUCAUUUGUGUGUUGAUUCUGACCUAAUGUCCGAAUGCAGUAUUGCACUGCAUAAACUGAAAAUGAAGGCAAACCUGUCCGUUAAGUGGUAUUUUGGUAUCAUUCCAUUCGUCAAAGUUUGGGGGAGUGCACACAUGAAUAUUUUUCUGUUUGUAUGUGUGAUCGGAAUGGGUUAAGCUCACUAAAACGCAGUAUUUCUUCAAACUAAUGUAUGCCGCCAAAGGUGGAGGUGGAGCUAAUGUCUGUUUAAAUUAAGCAUAUGGUAGAUCUGUCCAAACAUGACAAAAAAAAAUGACAGUGAGUGACAGAAGUUGUCCUGUAUGUAACAGUAUGCUGUGCAUUAGGUAAUCAUAAUAAAAAUAGAUCAUAUUUUCUUGAAAAAAGACCGUUAAAGUGUCAAGGCUAUAUUGUUUGGGGGAUUGGGUGGCUAUUGUUUGUUGGGGGGGAGAAAAGCACAUUUUGUAACCAUUACAGAUUUUAUAUUGUUAAGCACCUAAUCCUUGAAAUGGUAUUUGCACUUUCAUAAUCUUUACUUGAUACAUUCCCAAUUUAUAUGGAAAAUACAAAUGUGUGAUGUUUGGCCAAUGAAUUGGACCGAUUUGAGUGUGAAUCUUAAUAAAGUUGCUAAGACAA